AUCACCGUGCGCCGACACCAGUAGAGUCAGACGAGGCACCACGUGUACUGUGUUGACUGUCAAAGUCUCAGGGAGCCCAAUUCCCGGAAGCUGUGAGUUCUGAGAGGUUCCUGGAUUGCAGUGCCCCGAGUCUGUGAGUCCCCAACCAUGAGUGCCCCUGGCGUGCUGUCCUUUACCCAGCAAGGCUGGGAGCAGGUGCUGGCCAAAGUGAAACGGGCUGUGGUCUACCUGGACGCCGCCUGCGCUGAGAGCCUGCACUGGGGCUGCGGAUCGACGCGGCUCCUGGAGGCUGUGGGGGGUCCUGCGUGUUACCUGCGGGAAUUCGAGCCUGCCGCAGAUGGUGGUGGAGCCGAGCAGCCCAAGGCGGUGUUUGUCCUAAGUUGUCUGAUGAAAGGCCGGACCGUAGAUAUUCUGCGGGACAUCAUCUGCCGCAGCCACUUCCAAUAUUGUGUGGUGGUCACGGCUGUCAAUCACGAUGUUCACCUCACGGCUAAUCAUGUGCCGGCGGCGGCAGCGGCUGAGUUGGAAGGGCAGCAGCCUGUGUUCGAGCAACUGGAGGAGAAGCUGUGUGAGUGGAUGGGCAACAUGAACUACACCGCCGAGGUGCUGCAUGUCCCGUUAUUGCUCGCCCCAGCUGCUUCUCACCUUGCCUUAACUCCAGCCUUUGCUUCCCUUUUUCCACUGCUGCCUCAGGAUGUGCAUCUCCUUAAAAGUGCCCGACCGGACAAGAAGAGGCUAGGAAACUUGGGUGAGGUGGAUGCCACUGCUCUGACCCCCGAGCUGCUGCUGCAGAUCAGGUGCCUGGUGUCAGGCCUCAGUUCUCUGUGUGAGCAUUUAGGGGUACGGGAGGAGUGUUUUGCUGUAGGUUCCCUCAGUCGGAUCAUCGCUGCAGAUCUGGCCAAUUAUGCUCCUGCCAAGAACAGGAGGAAGACUGUGGCAGGCAGGGCAUCAGUGGUCUUUGUGGACAGAACUCUGGAUCUCAUAGGAGCAGUUGGACAUCAUGGAGACAACUUGGUAGAAAAGAUCAUUUCAGUGCUUCCGCAGCUUCCAGGCCACACUAAUGAUGUGAUGGUUAACAUGGUAGAGCUCACCGCACUUAAGACCGAAGAGGAGAAUCAGAAUGUGGUUGCACCAGGCUGUCUCGCACAGUCCAAUGAUAGCGCAGCCAAAGCCCUGUGGGAAGCCUUACUGAAUGCCAAGCACAAAGAGGCAGUGAUGGAAGUCCGGAGACAUCUAGUGGAAGCAGCAAGCAGAGAAAACCUGCCAAUCAAGAUGAGUAUGGGGAGAGUCACUCCGGGACAGCUCACAUCCUAUAUUCAGCUGUUCAAGAACAACCUCAAAGCUCUGGUGAACCACUGUGGGCUCCUACAGCUUGGCCUGGCCACAGUGCAAACUCUGAAACACCCCCAGACUGCCAAGUGGGACAAUUUUCUGGCAUUUGAAAGGCUUCUUCUCCAGAGCAUUGGGGAGUCAUCAAUGUCUGUUGUGUUAAAUCAGCUGCUGCCCAUGAUUAAGCCUGUGAACCAGAGAACCAAUGAUGACUACAGCCCUGAAGAGCUGUUGAUUCUCCUCAUAUAUAUUUUUUCUGUCCGUGGAGAGUUCACUGGCGACAAAGACCUGGGUGAAGCUGAAGAGAAAGUGAAGAAAACUUUGGCUCAGGUCUUUUGUGAAGAGGCAGAAUUGUCACCUUUGCUGCAAAAAAUCACAGGCUGUGACUCUUCAAUUAACUUGACAUUUCACAAAUCCAAAAUUGCCGUGGAUGAACUCUUUACUUCACUUUGGGAUAUUGCUGGAGCUCGGAAUCUCAUGAAACAGUUUAAGUCUGUAUAUGUUCCUGGAAAUCAUACCCAUCAGGCGUCCUAUAAGCCACUGUUGAAGCAGGUUGUGGAGGAAAUCUUUAAUCCUGAGAGCUCAGAUCCAGUUGAUAUUGAACACAUGUCUUCAGGCCUCACUGACCUCCUUAAAACUGGAUUCAGCAUGUUCAUGAAGGUGAGCCGGCCUCAUCCCAGCGACCACCCUCUCCUGAUCCUCUUCGUUGUGGGCGGAAUCACAGUCUCCGAAGCCAAAAUGGUCAAAGACCUUGUGCCGUCCCUGAAGCCAGGAACCCAGGUAAUCGUGCUGUCCACGCGACUCCUGAACCCACUUAACAUUCCUGAGCUGUUAUUUGCAACUGAUCGGCUACAUCCAGACCUUGGCUUCUGAACAGAUAUCUGCUAAGAUGAGACCUACCUGAGCUGGAAAUACCAAUACUAUCAUCUGUCACCAUUCCAGUCUGCCUCCAAAACCAGUGUUCCUGUUCCUAAGCGUGGGUAUGACAGAGUUCUGCCUCCAGGGUCUUGACAACAAUGCCACUUAGUACUUUGCUUGGAUUGCUGCGAUUCUUAAAAAGGUUUUUUUUUUCAUUUUUGUAAAUGUGUGAAACUGUCUUUCAACUGGCUUAAUUCAUGAUAAUUCCCAUUUACUCUUCUCUCUUUAUUGGAGAUCCUGAUUCCACCUAAUUUAGGCUCGUUAGCUCUAAGUAAGUGCCUGUUGGCAAGCUUUGAUAGAUUACAAGCGUUUAAUCUGCAGUUGCUCCAGAAAUUAGAUAUGGUUUAGAAUUAUGAGUGUGAGGAAAGUUUGGUUUUAUUUUUUAAGAUUAUAAACUGAGGAGGGAACAUGGUAAAUAGGAUUUGAGACAUUUCUGAAAAGGCUAGAAAGGGAGGGUGGCCACUUGGGCAGCACUGUUAGUCUGCCCACCAUGUAACUUGGCCCGGUAACAAGGGCUGCAUUGUUCCAGCCUCUUCCAGGCGGAGCCACCAGCCUGCUUGGAACAGCAGUGAGAGAGAGGCUGAUUGGAGGGCUUCUCUGCCCAUACAAGGUUUCCUCCCCUCCCAGAGGAAGGCCCCAGUAAAGAUAUCUGGUCUGUGGGAGACUACAUUGAAGCCCCAACCCCUGUGACAUUUGUAAUUUAGCAUUUCUAUUGAAAUAUAAAGCUUUCUUUUUUGUAAAUCUAACUUUUCUUUCUGGACAUAGCAGAAAAACGUAGGCCCACCUAAUGAAAUUAUAUAAGAACUCUGGCAAAAAUAAACUGCUUGGAACCCACACAUUUGUAGAUGUAUGGUUGAUAGAAAUUUCUAGCAUCUCUAAGAGAUAUUUAUAAUAGAGAUAAAGCUGAAAAAGUUUCUAGUGUGGGAUAAACAAGUAGAGGAAAUAAAGUGUAAGCCAAAACACUAGUGUGUCUCUGAUUUUAGUUCUCUAUAAAACACCAUCACUUUUAAUUAAAAAACACUUAAGUUGGAAAUAAUUCUGAGACAUAAAGCAGAAGCUCUUUUUUGGUCCAAGUAUGUUUUCCACCUAACACCAGUUCUUCCAUGGUGGUGAAACAUUGGAGAUCUCAGAUGCUUCUUUCAUUCCACUAAUUUAGAAGUUUGAGUGUGCAUAAGGAAGAAAUAGUAAUAGCCACACACACAAAAAAAAAAGGAUAAUUAAAGCAGAGAUCUCUAUUUUCUAAAAUAAAAAAUAAUCUGUUAUGUGACUCAAAUCUGCAUUCAUUCAUUCAUUCAUUCCCAAAUCCUGAGUGGCACAUUGCAGGCACUCUGCUAGGUUGUGGACUAUGGCAGUGAAUGAGCCAGAGGCAAGCCUGACUCUGUGACUCUCACAGAAUGAGCAGCUGGUGCUUCUCCAGAUGGCCCUGUGUAUCUGCUCAAGGUUAAGUUUUAAACCAUAUGUCUACAUGCACAGGAAACUUUCUGGAAAUAUAGAAACCAAACCACUACCAAGUGGCUACCCCUGGGAAGGAGUAUAGAGUGGGAGGACUAAGAAAAGACGGAAUCUUGCUCUUGAUAUACUUCUGUGUAGUUUGAGUUUUUCUUUACAGUCAACAUGUAUUUAUUACUUUUGUGGCUUCAUUGUACUUUUACAAGUAAUUUUUUCUUUUAGAAAAGAAUAUUCAAAAGCAUCUAACCUGAAGUGAUUAAAGAAGGAAGUUCCUGAUUGUAAAUCUUAACAUUAAGUAGCUAGUAUGCCUCCAAAUGCUCUCAAUACUAUAUUAAAUAUGCCCAAAGGCAGUCUGUGAGCAGUGGGGGGAAAUGUCAAAAAAUUUGGUCUAUAUAAUAAUCUUUUUCUAUGUCCACAGUCGCUGGUUGGAGGAGCUGAGCUAGGCAGGCAGUCAGGUAGCAGGAGGCUUUGGAGAAGAAGUGAGCAGGAAGAAAUUCAUGAUGACCAGAGUCGGGUUUGGAUAAGAAAGAAGGAGAUACAGGCCCUUUCUCCAUCACCAAUUUAUGUCAGCCACAAGUAAUUGUGUGGAUUCCAAGGCUGACACCCUGACUUACCAAUUUAACUGCAUCUAAAUGUACCAGUUCUUAAGGGAUUUUCCCCCUCCCAGAUGUCUGCUUACAAGGCUGGGCUGCAUGGUAGAGCUGGUUUCUCCUCUCUCAGGCUGGGUCUGAGUGUUUACCACCAACAGUCUGGCUGGCCAGAGCCAAAACAAGCACCUACAGGUGCAAACCUUCUGCCAAGGACCUCACAGGCCACUCUUUAUAAACACAACUGAUAGAGGGGUAAAUACUCUGUAGCAAUUGACUUCUGCCUUUGUAAACCCUCUUUCUGAGUCCGGCAAACAUAGCGGGCACAGCAAAGUAUUUCGAAGUGGCCGGGAGCUACACUGGCCCAGGGUUAUCCCCAGAGGGCCAGGCCUAUGGAAAUGGCCCUGUUUACACCAGGGCCCCCUCCACUACAAUGUUAUCCCAAUCAGGAAGAAUGCCAUCAAACUUCCCCGAAGGCUACUGUUAUUUAUUUUACCCUGGUUACCAGAAACAGAAUCGCAACAGCAAAUAACCAGUAUUACAAAUGUCUGCCAUCCCUGCACAAGAAACAUUAAGAAACUCCAUCCCUACUUUUAAAGGAAUUUAAAAAGACAACACCAGAUGAUGGAGGGUAUUUGAGAAGGGAGCAUGGGGGAUGGUGGCUGGGAUCCUGCCACAAAUCAGCAAUAACCCUAAUCCUGUUCUCCUCACACUGCUGGGGGGGUCAUGAGGACAAUAAGAACUUUCUGGAAACUUCUCUCUUUAGACUCUAAAGGGAGUGCAGAAAACACCAGUUUUUUUCCUGAGUUAUUUAUUACAAUAAAGAAAGCCCGAUAGUUCCUGCUGGGCCAUUACCCUCGUGCCCCGUCCUGAGUGACCAGCAGAGCCUCCGCAGGACCGUCCCCAUCUCCCGGCCUGUGCAGAACCAGGAGGUACCCCACCGCUCAUUUGGGAGAAAUUUGCUACAAGCCUGUUCAUUCGCCCCGAAAACACCGUUUGUUUGCUCCCACCUUGCACCCGGACGAGAGUCCCCGCCCCGAGGCAGCGCUGGCCGGCUGCGGGGCGCUCCGCGUGGUUUUGAUUUGCUGCGGGGAGGAAACUGGCUACCGCCGCGAAGCCGCUCCAGGGGCGGCCAGGCGCUGGGCCCCGCCCUGCCCAGCGUCCCUGUUGCUGGGCCGGGGCUGGAGGCCGCCUGAUGGCGAUGGCAGACGUGGCCGUGAAGCCGGGCCAGCCAGGAUCAGGGAGGAGCCACGAGCCCACAGGAGCAAAGGGACAUUGAGGGAAAGAGGACAGGGAACAGGGCCAGGGGAGGGAAGGCAGGGUCCGCAGACGGGGAGGUGAGCCUGAGCUGGCUUUGCCUUGCGGAGUCAGGCAGCAGACGGACCUGGGUGGGGUCCUGGCUCUGCCAUUGAGGGGCUGGGCCAGCUGACAGUUCCUCUGUGCCUCCCUUCCCUGUAUCUGUAGUAAAGGGACUGAAGAUGGAUGCUGGGCUUGGUGUAGACCACGGACAUUAUGUCAGAUACCCUGCACAGUGCCUGACACACAGGUUUUCAAUAAAGAUAAACAGUAAUUGUUAGUA